UUUUAGUCAUAUAUACCUCUAUUGAUUUUGCUAAUAGUAAUUUACAUUGAUGUGCAUUUUAUGUAGUACUUUUACUCCUUGUGUUUCUUGCCAAUUUGCACUGUUUGUAGUACUCUUACUACUUGUGUUUGUACCCGAAAAUCGCCCCGAAAAUGAAGAAUUGGUUUUAUCUAUGAGGGUUUGGAUGCAUUUGAAAUGGGAAAAUUCCCACCACAUCAGGGAUAAAACAUUGUACAAGUUUUCGGUUAUUUAUAAACAGUUAGUAAAUAGUAAUUAAAUAUCUAGUCAGUGGCAGUUUUCUCGUACCAUCAUCCACUGGUUGUACCAACGAGAAUAGUAUAGGCAAAGCUAUUUACCUGUCCAUAUACUUGGACUUUGAGAGCAAAUGUGCCUGGAAAUAGUUUUGGUUAUACCUUUCAAGGUAAAACCGGUUGCACGUUUGAGUGAUGUGUUCUCGCACUUGCAAAUAACACUACUUUAGAUGGCAAACAAUGUAUUUAAAUUAGAUUUCCCUCUAAAAAAUCUAUUAGAGACAGAGUAGAUAACUUAGAUGGCUACCUACUCCAUCACACAUAGGCGACUUCUAUUGACCAAUGCCGCUCUGCAUCACUUAAAUUAUCGCCUUAUCUGUGGUUUGUUAACUGAGUAUUUAAUUAAUUAAUUAAUCUAAUUAAUUAAUACUGUCUACUUCCAGUGUUCCAGUCAAGAAAUCACAUGCUGUUGUCGAUUUAACUAAUCAAAUAGUGUUGGUUUAAUAUUUUCUACGUUGACUUCAACCAUGUUGUUCAGCUUUAAAUAUGACGUAAAUGAAGUUUAACAAGUGUCCAUGAACACUCGCUGGAAAAACCAUACACAUAAAUUGAUUAACAUAAAUAUAAAGUUUGCACACAAUGACAUCCAUAUCUAAAGAUGAGGGUGGUGAGGGUUAUGCGUUUAUUAACGCUGAGAUGUACCGGUACGUGGUCACCGGAAAAGUUAACGACUUCCACAACACCGUCUCAUCAGAAGUUAAUGUACUUAAGCUUCAGUGUGCAAUGGAUAAGAGUAAUGUUCUUCAUAUUGCUUCCAGAUUUGGACAAGUAGAUCUGGUUAAUUACAUUCUAAGAAAAUGGCCAGCACUGAUGCUUCAGGGGAACUUUCAAGGAGAUCUUCCCAUUCACUCGGCCUUGAAGACGGGUGAACUCGCCGCUGUCAAAGCCCUGACUUGCUGGAUACAGAAAAACAACAAAGCAGAACAAGUACUGGGGUGGAACAACAAUGGUGGAAGGAACACUGCACUGCACAUUGCCUUGGAAUAUGAUGAAGAGCGAAUAGCACAGGACUUGGUUGAACUGUAUCCACCCGCGUCUUAUGUUAUGAACAAAGAGGGAUUUUUUCCUUUGUACCUAGCCAUCAAGAAAGAGCUUACAGAUUUGGUCAAGGACAUGUUACAGAGGCUGCAACCUCUAAAAUAUGAUGUCCUUGGCUGUUUGGCAAGAGGUCAGUCGGUACUACAUGCUGCCGUUUCUGCCAAGAGAACAGAAAUGUUGGAGUACUUGCUUAGCUAUGAUGAUGAUAAGCUAAUCGAUUUAACAGACCAAGAAGGGUGGACAGCCUUAACUUAUGCAGCUUGUAGGGGUUAUUUGAAGAAAGUUGAAAUAUUUCAAAGAAAAGUUCCACAUAGUGCAUUUAUAUGCAACAAAGAUAAAUCCUUUCCAAUUCACCUGGCUGUUCUUGGGGGCCAUAUUAGUAUCAUCGAUCAGCUAGCUAGCACAAUGUUCCUGCUCAAUGCGAAGGGUCAGAAUAUUCUUCAUUUGGCAACAUUGACAGCUGACUCUCAAUUAGUCUCUCAUCUGCUGAAAAACUUACCUGGUAUGGACUCGUUAAUCAAUCAGAAAGACGAAGAUGGCAACACUCCGUUGCACUUGGCAACUCUAGCUAAGCAUGUUGAGAUUGUUGAAUUCAUUAUUCAAGAUGGACGGGUCAAUAUUCGACUGAUGAACAAGGAAGGGUUCGCAGCAAUUGGCUUGGCCAAGAAAUUGAGGAUUGAAGGUUUAGACAAAAAUGUGGCGCAGAGACUAACUUUGAUCUUAGAAAGGGCUAAAAGUAAAAUUAAGAGUUUUCCAAUUGAUGACAAGAUGUAUCAAGUCUUGCUCCAUGGGAAAUUGAGUGAACUGAAUCAAAUGGUUUUAGACAAAGGGUUUAAGCUGAAGGACCUUGGAUGCCCUGAAGACGGCAAUACUAUACUUCACAUUGCAGCUAGUUUGGAUCAGCAUCAGCUUGCAGGUGAGCUUCUACAGCGGUAUGGAUGCGGCAUACUAAUGGAGCAAGCAAAUAAUAAGGGUAACCUACCAAUUCAUUCAGCUGCAAAGGCAGGCAAGUUGCAGUCCCUUGAAGCUCUUUUUCUGGGGUCAAACUUCCCUUUGGAUCACGUAUGUAAAAGGCCGAAUAUGGAAGGAAACACAGCACUGCAUAUUGCGGUGCUAAGAAAUCAUAAUGAAUUGGCCAACUACUUGUAUGAGAAAUGUCCACAAGCAGCAUACUGCUUAAACAAGAACGAGGUUUGCCCCUUGUUUCUGGCCAUCAUCAAUUGGGGUGAGAACGAUCUAGUCAACCGUAUGAUCCAUGGACUGCAAGGCAAUAUGCAACUUUAUAACCUGAUAAGGGGGAAAUCAGUAGUCCACGUAGGAAUUUCUGCAAAGAAGUCGGCUAUAUUAGAGAGCAUAAUUGAAAUAGCUCCGGAGCUGGUGGAUUCAUUCGACAGUGAAGGGAGGAACCCACUUUCUUACGCAGCUCACAUUGGUUAUGUUAAGGGGGUUAAAUUAUUGCUAGCAAAAUUUCCAUCUAUUAAAUUUAAGCGUGAUAAAGAUGAGGAUGGAUCCUUUCCAAUUCAUCAUGCUGCAAAAGAGGGGCAUGUCAAGAUCAUCAAAUUGCUUCAUCCCACAAUAUGUUUGCUGACUAACAGGGGCCAAAACAUUCUACAUGUAGCAGCAGACAUAGGCAAAUGGAGAGUUAUUGCGUAUUUGCUGAAAUUGCAAGAGUUUAAGGAGCUAAUCAAUACAGGUGAUGAUGAUGGUAACACUCCACUACAUUUGGCUGUGAAAGGCUUUCAUCUGAGAACUGUGGCUCGUUUGAUGAAGGAAAAACAUAAUAUCAACAGCAAUGCAAUCAACAACGAGUUGUCUAUAGCUAGACAAAUGUUUUGUGAAGACGAAUAUCCAAAGUGGAAGAUCCAACGUAUGGACUCAUUGUUGAGAAGAGUCGAUGGGAAAAGAACUUGUCUUAUUAUAGAAACAAGAAAUGAUGAGCAUGGACAUAAAAGUAAAGAAAAGAAGUACAACUUAAACAAGCAGCAGGAAGCUGAAGCAAGUGUAGCAACUAAUAAGAACAACGAUUCAUCAUCCAACAACACCACGGAAAUGGAAAUGAAAUCAAAGGCUAUCAAGGAGAAAGCGAGUUUCCUGUUGGUGGUAGCAACACUAACAAUCAGCGCAACAUUUUCCGCGACAUUACACCCUCCUGGUGGCUACAAUCAUGACACAGGCUUGCCACUUUUGUCAUCAAAUAGAGGUUUCAAAGUGUUUUUACAGGCUAACAGUCUAGCCUGUUUCUGUGCAAUAACAUCGGCUUUAUUGCUGAUUGUUACCAUGUUUAUGGAACAUAAAGAGCACAGAAAUUUCACCGUGAAUACAGGAGGGAUUUUCCUCUACCUAGGGCUCGUGGGCAUGACAGUCGGUUUUUCUGCGGGGUUAACUUGUGUAUUUACAGAUAUGCACUGGAAUGCCCUGAUGUUCAUAGGAAUGGUUACCACAAUUACUAUGGUGUUUGUGGUGUAUCCUAUUUUUUAUGGAGUUGCUUUGGGUGCUAUGUCAAGAUAUUUUCAAAAGGUAUUGUAAAUAAGGGGUUCGGACUUGUAAUCUAUGUAAUCUAUGUACACAGACCUUCAGUUUCAAAGACUAGAUCAAUACUUUGACUCUGUUUGGCAACACUAGCUGAAAUAAAGGUGGAACUGAUAAGUUUGCUAAAAUGUAAAAAAUUGUUGUAGUGGUUAAUGCAAGACCUUACAAAUGAAACAAAACAAACACUGAUCCUGUGCCAUGUACAACUUUUAUUAAAAUUUGUUUAUUAUUAAAUAUUA